AUGCUCGACGCUGGCCGUCACUGGUUUGAAACCUCCUUCCUGACCGACCUUUGCAUCUACGCCUCAUUCUUCAAGAUCAACGAGUUCCACAUCCACGCCUCUGACAACCUCUGGAACCCGGCGUUUCUGUACAGCCCCGGGGACGCUUGGAAGGAGGUGUACGCCGGAUUCCGCUUCCAACCCGAAAAUGGAUCACCAGUCUCUGGGAUCGUACCGAGCUCGAAACGCAACGAAACCUGGACGCGCGAAGAGUUUACGGCAGUGCAAACCACCUGUGCUGAACAUGGCGUCACUAUCAUUCCCGAGAUCGAUACCCCGGGGCACUCGCUGGUCAUCACGCAGUGGAAGCCGGACCUGAUGAUUCAGGGUACCCCGGACAAUUUGAAUCUCUCCUACCCUGAUACGAUUCCGACCAUCAAAUCCCUCUGGGAUGAGUUUCUGCCCUGGUUCUCUGCCAGCGAAGUCUCGAUCGGCGCCGACGAGUACGACGCGUCCCUCGCUGACGACUACAUCAACUUCGUCGACGACAUGUCCUCCUACAUCCAUGCACAGAGCGGCAAGCGCAUUCGCGUCUGGGGCACGAACGAGCCCAGCAAGAUCGGUCUGUCGGUCUCCACGAACAUCACGAUCCAGCACUGGGAUUUCCCGGGUGACGACAUCCCGGUCGCGCUCAUGGACCGAGGGUACGACGUGAUCAACUCCGAGCAGACGUUCCUCUACCUCGAUGGGAAGACGUCGGACGGCGGCCAGUUCCCGCAGGAGCUGAACCAGACGUUGAUGUGGACGGGUGCGCCUGGCGGUGGCGGCUGGGCGCCGAACGUGUUCUCCGCCACGAACGCAGGCAACAAUACCACGCCGGGCAACCCACGUCUUCGGGGCGCGAUCAUGGCGCUCUGGAACGACUGGGGCAACAACGCGACGACGCAGCUGGAGAUAUACUACCAACUCGCUAGGAGCUUGGCCGUUUUUGGGGAGAAGACGUGGGCAGGUUCAGGCAUUCGAAGCACGGAGCUGACUCAGGACGAGUUCGACAGCAUCUAUCCGAUCCUCAAUUCAGUGGCCCCCGGGCAGAACCUGAACCGCGUCGUGGUCCCGAAGCACGGCAACGUCGUCUAUUCGUAUAAUCUAUACCAACCACACGAAUCCCUCUCCGAGCUGCCUCUGAACACGUCGGUGGCGUCCGUGGGGCCGCCGUACAACCUCACCUUCCGCGUGAAGCCCACGUCACAGGACGGCAUCCUGUUCUCUGGAAUAGACUCACUCCUCCGAGUUGGCAACCUCACGUUCGAGGCGCUCGGGCAACGUUACAGCCUCCGCUAUACGCUGCCUCUCCACAAGUGGACAACCGUGACGAUACGUGCUACGAGGGAGUACACCUACGCGGUGAUCGACGGAAACGAGGAUGGAAAGCUGUGGUGGACGACGCUGAUGGACAUAUGGGGGGAGUACUUGGCAGUGGGGAACAUGUCGUUUGCUGCUCCUGCGCAGAUCAUCGGGCCUAGUUUCCAAGGAACAAUCGAUCUUGUGGACUUGACGCUGGGAUGA